CCAUCCGAUUUUAUCUUAAAACACAUCUUUUCAAUUUCAACGAGAGGAACGAUCCUCGUGGAGUACUCGUGAUGGAACGUGCUCCAUCGUCUCGAAACUGUGAGGAUAUUUAUGCGUGAGCGUAUAUACGCGUUUUUAUUCCCAGAGGCAAAGGAAAAGACUGCUUCGCGGAAAGUAGUAUCGUUCACGAAUUGGAUUAUCUCUUGAUUUUGUCUUUGAAUAGCAAUCAUGUGGUCUCGUUCCAAAGAACUACUCGUAGCUCGAUAUAAACUAAUUCGACUAAUGGGUAAUAAAAGUAAAAUAGAAAAAUACAAAAAUCAGUACGUGUGAAAGAAUAAAGUGUAUUCUUAUUAACAUUAUAGAGAAAAAAAAAGAAUAGUAUCCAUUUCAUUGAUAAUACCGAUCACAAAAGUUAUUAAUAAUUUUGCCAAUAUUCUUCUUGUUAUUAACGUCUAAUUACAUUUACCGGGAAAAAUGAGAAAGAGAUAGGCGGAAGAAACGGAAAUCGUGAUUAGUACGAUCGCAUUAGUUUUCUCACUUUUUCAGAAUCGCUUGGAGAGAAAAAGAAAAGCAAAAAAAGAAAAAGAAAGCAGCAUAUUUUUCUUAGAACCGGCGAAUAACAGACUAAACAAUGAUUUCGGAUAUUUCGCUAUGCGUAAAAUCAUGUCCUAAGCACGCGGGCGAAGGUCGACAUAAAGAAAGGUGCUGUUUAUUUUUCGUGAUCUAAUAUUCGCCUUCGUGGGACGAUAUGCAAGGAGCGUGGGCCGAUAUCGGUAGUCAGCUGUGUCAAUGGCGCACGCUCUCGCGCACAUUGCUCCGGAUCGUUCGAAUAUUCAUUUCGUGGGGGUCAGGGGGUCACUUGUCUCCCCUCCCCCUCCCCCGAUCACCCCGGAGAUUUUAUCAAAGACGAUGCUUCUUUUUGCGCCUACGAAACGAUCAUGCAUCGUAAAAAGAGACGUGCAAAAUCGUCGUAACUAUCUCGGUUGGCACAGACCUCGUCACCUUUUCGGGACCGAAGAACCGCGUAAAGUUUAUUUUAAUAAUACGUGCGUAGAGCGAGCGCGUCGUCGGCUUCUCCGACGGCCUUUUCUAUUUCGGCUUUUCUUCCUUUUCGCUCGAAUGUUUCAAAAAAGAGACAACAGAUGCCUAUCUCCUCCUGUCUCUUCACUGAUACGCGAAAAAAAAAAUUCAACAAAUCGGACGAAUAUACGAAAAAUCGUGAUAACACGGCUCGAACGUGCUUCGAAAUAAUUUUCGAUGAUCACGUUACGUUAAUAGCGUAUUCUACGGAAGGAUAUCAUCGGAUGUUUUGUAAAUCUAUUUUAACAAUUAAGAUAACACGGUGUUUCGUUUUCUCGGCUAAAGAAAGUAACCUUCCGUCAAUCAUUUCGAGUUUAUUUUAAUAAAGCGAACGUAUACGUGUACAUAUUAACGUCGGUAGUCGCUUCGAUGGCCUUUUCUACUCUCGUCUUUACUCCCUAUCCACCUGUAUCUCCUGUACGACGGAGAAACAAAGAGAGAGAGAGAGAGAGAGAGAGAGCGAUGGAGUGAGAUGAGAUCGGAAGGGAGGGAUGCUUCGCUUCGACGUUAUUUUUUCGUAUAUUAAUAGUUGAGGAUCGAUUAAUUGAUUUCUCUUGUAAAAAAAAAAAAAAAAAGAAAAAAAAAACAGAAGAAAGAAAAGUCCUGUGCGUGUAAUACUUAAAACUUAAAUACAACGAAUAUAACGUAGGAGAACAUUUGCGAUUUAUAAUUGUACGAUGGACGAGUCAUUAAUAUAUAACGAAAUAUUUAACGAAAUUCAUGAAAACGAGAAGAGAUCUAUCGAAUGAAAUCGAAAUGUUCUAUCAAUCAGAUUGCACGAUUCCGCGUUAUCGAGAAAUAUUAUACAUAAUGAGAGCCGUCCAAAGUAAUUCCAUUCAUGAGUACGUUUUAAUCGAUGAAAAAUGAAAAUAUAUUGUUUCUCGUGAUUCCGCCAAACUCAUUGUGUAUCUCCCUUCUUUUGAUUCGAUAAUUGAUCGAAUUUAUUUACGAAAACAACAACUCCGUCGAGUUUCAUUUAGUUCAAUCGUUUUAAUCGGUCUUUUUGGACAAGAAAAGAAGAAGUAUUAAAAAGUGAGCUGGGUGUUUAUGCGCGAAUAUAUGCUUGUAUGUGUGUGUGUGUACGUAUGAGAAAGAAAGAGAGAGAAAAAGAUAAAGGAAAUAAUCGUAGAUGAACGAAGAGUAGUAUCGCGUAUUCUCAGGCAUUCUCGCCGAUUUUCCGAGCGCGUCUCGAGUACGAGAACUCCUACUAUUUAUAAAUUGGUUUGAACCCGGUCGCAUUGGCGAUCCUCGUCGUCGUGCGCGGCGCUCUGGUGCGGCCGAAGCAACGGGCUGCGCCUUCGGUCCGAGCUGCUGCCGCCUCGUGGAGCCUCGCGUGGGGAACAAUUCGCCACCCCAUGAUAAAAAUAGAAGCUCCUAGUCAGCUAGUCCAAGCUCCGAGCUAGGAAAGAGAGAGAGAGAGAGAGAGAGAGAGAGAGAGGGAAAUCUAGUGAAUGCGAGUAUGAGUGAGUGUGUGCGAGAGAAAGAGAGAAAGAAAGACAGUAAGAUUGAAAAAGAGGAAUAAAAAGUAGGGGAUAGAGAUAGAACAUAAAAUGAAAAAUAAAGUUACGAGAGAAAUAAAAAACGCAGGUGAAAAAUAUAAAGAGAGAGAGAGAGAGAGAAAUUUUGAAUCUGUUUCAAUGGAUGAACGGGUCAGCAAACAAAAGGAUAGACGGACGGACGAACGAAUGAUCGUUGGUAAGAUCCAACAUCGACGACGUUGACGAAGAGACGAAGACGACGCACCGGCGCACCGGCGGUAGCCGAUGCUGGUGGUGCUGCUGGCACGUCUCGAUACCGUCUCUCUCUCUCUCUCUCUCUCUCUCUCUCUCUCUCUCUCUCUCCCUCUCCCUCGGCCAAGAGCUUUCAGUUCUUCGUCAUCCGUCGUCUUCGACGCGAAGAAAGUGCGUCCGUCUCUCUUUCGCGAAGCGCGCGCAAGAUAGUUAGCUUCGCUAAGAUCGGUGACGUUCAUCAUAAUGCCGGUAUUAACAGUUGACGCACCUGCCGCUUCCUAGUAUACAUUCCCAAAAGCAAAAUAGUUUUAAAAGAAUAAAGAGAAAAGAAAAGAAAAUUUAUAAUCUAUCGUUAUAUCGAGCUCCGUCGAAUAUAACAAGUUCGAAAGAUAAUCGAGAAACAUAGGGAGCGCGAGCGAGAAAGAGAGAGAAAGAAAGAGGCACAUUCCGAGCGGAUCACGGAUGCUUAUAGAAGCGUUGCGUAACGGCGUCAGACGAACAGCGAAAUUGCGGCGGCGGCGGCUGCGGCAGCAGCAGCAGCGGCUACCGAGGCGCGUCGAGCUUCGAUAAGAUCGAAGGAAAUUUUAGAUCCUCUUACGGUAUCGAUUCGCAGAUUCGAAAAACGAAGAAAGUUAGGGAAAGGAAAAGGAGAAGGUGGAGAAAAAAUUUUGUGUGCGUUAAAAGUGGAUCAUUGAGGUGUCACAGAGACCAGAAUCGGAUACAAGGUGUCCUCGUGAUCUCGAUCAGGGAUCAAGAGAGGAGAAGAGCCUGGUCGCGUGUUAGAGUGCGCGAGUGAGUGAGUGAGUGAGUGAGUGAGUGAGUGAGCGACGAUUUAUCGUCGAAGAACUCGUUAAAAAAAUAUUAAAAGUUGUUAGGGUACGUUGGUUGGAUCGCUCGAGGGGCUUCGUAACAAGACAGGUAGAGAGAUUGGGGAUGGUAGAAACGAGGAUAAGAAGAAGCUGUUUCGCAGAGAAAGAGAGAAAGAGAUUCUUUCGGUCGUAUCGAUUCUGGUGUCUCGAAACGUUUCAAGGCCAAUCUCCGUCUCUCGAUCUACACUUAUUCACACACACUCGCGAGCGAGCGAGCGCGCGCGUACACACACAGCACACACACAUACACGCGCGCGCGCGCGCGAACACAUACAUACAUGCAUACACCUAAACACCCAAGCACGCAUACACACGUAUAGCUGUCAUUUACGAAUUCUAUCCGGAUCGAUUGCUCUUAUUUCGUAUUGGAAAUCGCAUUCGAUAAUCUCUCAUGAUCAGGAUGAUUUCGUUCGAGCUCUUCUCCCGCGUGAUUAAUAGCCUCCAUCUGAUUGCGAGGGCCCAUACUAUAAAAUCGGCGUAUCCAAUGCUUUAUUGUUAUAUAAUUUUCUCACUUUUUCGAAUAGAAUAAAAUUGGUCGAGAUUCGAGGAAACGAUCCAACAAAACAGAACAACGAUCGAGCGUAAGUAAUAGCGAAAAAGGGGUGGGGGGAAGCUAGAAAGAAAGGUGUUUCUCAGGUGUAGGGAUCAACGGGUGGUUGGUUCGGUGAUCCAACAGGGAUUUGGCGAGUUUCGUGAGGAGAAGGAAGAAGAUAAAGGAAAAGAAGAAAGAGGAGAAAGAAAGGAGGGGAUAGCGAUAGUAGUAUUAGUGCUAAUAGGUGUUGGUGGUGGUGGAGGUGGAGAAGGAUGGAGCAACGUCCAAGGAGACGGGGAGUAUACGGACGUUGCUGACGAGGAAGGAGCGAGAAGAGGACGGGGAGGGGAGUGGAAAAAGAAGAAGAGGAAGAAGAAGAAGAAGAAGAAGAAGAAGGAGAGGAAGUGGACGAAGACGACGAAGAGAACGAAAGCGACGAAAUUGAAGAGACGAACGACGGUGCGUACGACACCCACGAGACAUGCAGCAACAGCAACAGUCUGGACAACAGCAACAGCAAUCCGGAGCACCGAACGGGGUGGCGGGUGGUGCCCAAUUGCCUCAAACAGGUGGUAUUAGUCCUGCUCAGCCUGGUGCAACUGGCACGGCUACCUCGAGGCCACAGGUGAACGGUGGUAGAUUUGACUUCGACGAUGGUGGCACUUAUUGCGGCGGCUGGGAGGAUGGCAAGGCUCAUGGACACGGUGUUUGUACCGGACCCAAAGGACAGGGUGCUUACUCCGGUAGCUGGCAUUACGGUUUCGAGGUCUCUGGAGUUUACACUUGGCCAAGUGGCUCGGCUUACGAGGGACAAUGGCAGAAUGGCAAAAGGCACGGCCUCGGUAUGGAAACUCGGGGACGUUGGAUAUAUCGUGGAGAAUGGACUCAGGGAUUCAAGGGACGUUACGGUGUCAGACAAUCUACUACAUCUACAGCGAGGUACGAAGGUACAUGGGCCAGUGGUCUUCAAGAUGGUUACGGUUCCGAGACUUAUGCCGACAGCGGUACUUAUCAAGGACAAUGGCUUCGAGGAAUGAGACACGGAUAUGGAGUAAGAAGCAGUGCACCUUUUGGUUUGGCGAGUCACUAUAAACCACCGAAGCAAGUAAGAGCGUCCUUGACUUCCCUAAGAAGCGCGGAUGUGGGUCCAGCGGUUGCACCAACACCUGAUCCGACCGACAGGAGAGAUCGUCGAGUAGACGAUAGCAGAGGAGGCUUCGUAUUGAAGGCCAGGAGUGACGAUCCCCCAGCUCGAAGAAAGAGUUUAACGGAGAAGUCCUUGAAGAAGGGAAUUCUAUCGGGUUUGAAAAUUCGGAAACAGAAGAGCACGGGUGAUUUAGAGAAACGUGGAACAGGAGGAAGUAUUCGAAGUAAUGCUAGUUCAGCAUCAUGGAUGUCGACUGAGAGUUCACAGAGCCAAGCAUCAGCGUCCGUCCAUACCGACAGUAAUGCGUCUUUUGUCAUCGAGGACGAACAGAUGGACGCCUCUGUAACCGAGACGUAUCUUGGCGAAUGGAAGAACGACAAGAGAACUGGUUUCGGUAUAUCGGAAAGGAGCGAUGGAUUGCGAUACGCAGGCGAGUGGUUCAACAAUCGAAAGUACGGUUACGGUGUGACGACCUUCCGGGAUGGUACCAAGGAAGAAGGAAAGUACAAGAACAACGUGCUGAUUACCAGCCAAAAAAAGAAGCAUCUAUUUCUGAUCAGAUCGGCCAAAUUUCGUGAAAGGAUAGAAGCUGCCGUUAACGCGGCACAAAGAGCGAGCAAGAUAGCGCUUCAAAAAGCUGAUAUCGCCAUCUCGAGGACAGCAACGGCCCGAGGAAAAGCCGAGUCCGCGGACAACGCUGCUGAUCACGCGAGAGAAGAUUCCGAGUUGGCCCAACAAACGGCCAGACAGUUCGCCCCGGAUUUCAGGCAGCCUGGUUUAGAGAGACUUAAAAAUCGAGAAAUUCCGAAAUAUGUGCCACCGCCGCAGGACACUGUGCCUGGUAAAAGUAUACUCCAUAAAAGCACGACGUUGGACCAAACUGGAUCGACACCUUCGAAGACGGCAAUUUCGAGCGUCGAUUCGACAGCGACGAUUACUACAACGACGACGACGAUGACGACGACAGCAACAACGACAAUGUCAUCUACGUCGAUGACAGCCAGCAACGUGAUGCAAUCGAUCAGAAGAGCCAGCAUGAAGCCGCAGAAUAUGAUGCAAAAUCAAUUACCUAAUCAGAUUUCGCCGAAUCAACUUUCGAAUCAGAUUCCGCAAAUGGUCAACACUCAAAGUUCUCUUCCAAUUCAAAAUCUCUAUCAGACGCAAUACGUUCCAACAAUGCCACCGAAUUCACCUCAGCAAAAUCAGCCAUACCCUAAUAGCAUACCAAAUCAGUAUCCUCAAAGUCCGUAUCAACCGAACCAGUAUCCCAAUCAACCUAACACCUACAACCAGACGCCGUACCAACCUGCUACCUCACCUCAGCUGGAUCCUGGGUAUACUGGAUAUCAGCAGCAACAGACGCCGGCUAGAUCGCAAGGAUUCCAAAACAUGCAACCUUAUCUAAAUCAACAGAUCUUGUAUCCGCAACCCCCGGUUAUGUACGGUCCAAUGACAUUCGCCCAAAUGAAUCAAUACGAAGCGCAGCUUUAUGGUGCGAAUCAGGUGCCGAAUCAGGUGCCGAAUCAGUAUGGGCCAAAUCCGAUGAAUCAAUACAAUCCGCAGUCAAUGUUAAAUCAGCAGCAACAAGAACAACCGUCGCAGCAAGCGCAAUCUAUGCAGCAGUAUCCUGAUGGAAUCACAGACAUUCAAAGGCCACCAAGUUCGGCGAGUAUACGAAGGAACAGCAGGGUCUUAAGUCCGCAGGAUAGACCGGGCACUAUUGGUCAAACAUUAAACGACAGGCUGGAUCAUUACAAGAGGCCACCUAGUCGUGAUAGUUCCGUAGAUCGAUAUGCCAGAGCGCAUUCCCGAUUGACAGGAUCAAGACAGCCGUCUGUUGACAAAACCGUAACAAAUACAUCCACGGAUCUAAUCGACAGAUCGACGAGGGCUCCCAGUGUUAUUCGAUCCGGCACGCCAUUGAACGGCUCGGUGGUAGGAAGUGGUACGGCGACACCAACUUAUGCGGCAUCGACUUCCGGGCAAUUUGAAGGAGCACUUUUAAAGAACCGCAACCUUGGUCAAGACAUCCUCCCAAGUCCUGGGCAACCGAAACGAACCGAGAGUCUCUAUGUUACGCCCGCGCGUAAUUCAAACGUUUCCGGUGGCGGAGGUGGCGGAAGUGGCGGAGGUGUUGCAGGAGCCGGUGCAUCGAAAGACGCAAGCCGGACGGUCCCCGCCUUCGCCGAAGCGUCAAAGAGCCGCGCAACCCUAUGAGUAUAAGUAUUUAUAUUAAUCUGUAGGUAUACACAAUACUACAGAUAUGAUUUAUACGAAGGCACGAAGCUGCCGACGUUUGUCGUUUUUAUGCGUUCUUCGAACGAAUCUCGAACGAUCAGUUCGAAAUUGAAUCGUAAUAUCGUGAUAACUAUCCAUCCAUUUCUUACACAUCUUUAUUUUGAAAGCUUGUCCGAUAUAAUUGUAAUAUAUAUAUAUAUAUAUAUAUAUAUACUAUCGUUCACAUUGAACACCAUAAGCAUAAAGUAUACAUAUAUUUAUUGAUAAAAAAAAUGUGAGCUUGAUUCGUUCAGUGUCUCAUUGUAAUCACGGUUUUGAUGAAAGGCACCUUCGUUCUGUAGUUUGUCAAGGACAAAAGAAAAAGAGGGAAGAAAAACAAUAAUCUUGAGUUCGAUAACUAUAUAUAUAAAGGAUCGAUUGAUCGACCAGAAGACGCUUCGAAUGAAGAUCUUUCUGAUAAUGCUUUAAAUUAGAUGUUUAUAAAAGAUUGCUUAUACGGCUGUUUCUAGACCGAGGCCUUAGCUAAGAGAACUAUCUCGCAAUAUUCUGAUUAACGAGAGGUCAUUAUGGUGGAAAAAGAGAACGCACGUACCUGUUUGUAGUUCGUUAUUAGUCAUUUAUCUUAUCAAAGAAUAGAAACAUGGAGAGAAGGCAAAAAAUCGCGUAUUUCACGACAUGAAAGGACAAUUAAUUAAUUUCGUCCAACGAGAGUAUUUUUUCAGAAUGUGUGUACGCCUUUUAAUGCCUUCUUGUCAAAAAACAAACAUAUUUUUCUAUUAAGAAUAAUGAGAAUAUCCGAUUGAUCUAGACGAUCGACGGCUAUAUCACUUUCGUUGUAGGUUACGAUUAAAUCGCAAAAAGAAACAGAAACAAAAAGAGUACCUAUGUAUUUUACUCUCUACCAUGAGAAUACUGAGAAUUGAAGUGUUUAUAUAUACAUAUAUAUGUAUGUGCUAUUUAAUGUGUAUGUGUGUAUAUAUAUAUGUAUGUAUGUAUAAAUAUUGAACACUUCCUUUUGAAGAGGAAACGUAAUGAAAUACCCUCCAAUUUAUUUUUCCGCUCGAAAAAGAAAGAACGGAGAGGUCUCAGUCGAGAACUAAAUAAUAUUUUAGAGACUGCUGCCGAGAAUAUAUAACAAUAACAACAACAACAAUAAUAAUAAUAAUAACAAUAACAAUAAUAAUAAUAAUAAUAAUAAUAACAAUAAUAAUAAUAAUAACAAUAAUAAUAACAAUAAUAAUAAUAAUAAUAAUAAUAAUAAUAAUAAUAAUAUGAAAGAUGUUAAACGAAUAUAAACGAGUGUCUGUAUUUUAUGUCUAUAUGAAUGUAAUAACAUAUUAAAUAGUUUUACGGAAGAAGUUAAAUCGAAACAUUUACAGAGUAUUACAGGGCCAUAAUUCGUUCAAUUAGUUCAACUUCAUUAAGAGUAAUUAAUCAAGGUAGAGUUCCAUUUUAUCAUCUUGCCCGUUUAUCCUUUUAAACGAUAAGUUUAGUAAUUUAAAGUAAUAAGAGUAAAAAAAAAACGAAAAAAGGAAGGAAUAAAAAUUGCAAACAUUUAAAAGUUCAUUGAUUAUGAUGAUCGUAAUAUACUUGUACACACAAAAUAAACGAGGAAAGAAUUUCGCCGCGAACACAAAUAAAAAAAUGGGAGAUAUGUGCAUACGUACAGAUACGAUUGCAUUAUUCUUACGUCCGUUAAUUAAAUUAAAUUAAAUUAAAUUAAAUUAAAUUAAAUUAAAUUAAGGAGAAAGUUCAAAGGUAAGGAGUAGUGGCGCGCGGUGUGGAGGCGGGGACCAACUUUUUAACCGUACUUUAAAUUCUUUUUUCUAUCUGUCUGUUUGUCUAUCUGUCUCUAUUUCUCUCUCUCCCACCCUCCUCUCCCUCUCUCUCUCUCUCUCUCUCUCUCUCUCUCUUUUUUUUACUAUACUUCACUCUUCUUUCGACGUUCUGUACGACUUUUUCUCCUGACCUUUACAUUACUAUUUCGUCGUUCUUCUUGCACGAAAGAAAACCACUUCUAAGACACACGUUCGAUCACUUCUCCCAUCGUAAAGGCAUAUUCAAUGAUCAUUGCACUUAUCUUGAUAUCAUUGUUAUCGUUGAAUGAUUUCAAUCGAUAAAAUGAAAACGAAAAGGAGAAGACCUCGAAUAAAUCUCUAACCCUCCACCUCCACGCCGCUUAUUUUUCCUGUUUUUUAAAUCAGAGACAUUAUUUUUCUAACGCGUUGCUUUUAUUACUAUUACUAUUACUAUUACUACUUUUACUACUAUUACUAUUACUACUACUACUACUGCUACUGCUACUGCUACCACUACUACUAUUGCUAUCAUUACUGGUACUACUGAUACUUCUACUACUACUGUUAUUAUUAUUUCUAAUACUACAAUGCGUAAAGCAACUCGAUGGAAUUUAUGACGUGCCAACUAACUUUUUUAAUAAAACAAAAGGAAAAUGAUAAAGUACACGAGUAAUACGUUUCGACGGAUUAAUAAUGUUGGUCCAUUUAACCUGCAUUUCACCCUUUUCGAGGAAAAUCAAAAUAUGCGAAGGAUAAUACAAAUUGAUUCUCUCAUUCUUACACGAACCUUUCAUUCCUUCCACCAGGUUUUCUGACACCUGCACGAAAUGUUUCUGCGUUUUACUAUUACAUUUUAAUAAUCGAUCAUAAUGUUUAUCGGUAUAAUUGUUCAUAAGUCACGUUGAACCUUUACAAUGCAUAAAGAAAUAAUAAUAUUCGUUUAGUUCUCAUAAAUUUAUGUUGCACAAUGAUAUAUCGAAAAAUGAAAUAAGAGAAACCGUGCUUCGAUGAAUUUUUCGAAAAGUAAAAAUUGGAAAUAUAAUGGAGCGCGAUAAAAAUUCAAUUUACGAUAGAUUCAACGUGGCAUAUCUAACUCGUAAAACAAACACGGUCGUGCCUAAAGAAUGUAUGCGCAUAUGACGACGAGUAAGAGAGUAGGUACGAUUGAUCAAAAGAAAAAAAAAAAAAAAAAAAGAAAACACUCGAAUAUAAAACAAGAAGACAGAAGAAAAAAAAGAGAACGCGAGGAGAGAAAAAUGGAGGAAAUUAAAGGAAAAAGUCUUGUAAUUUUCAACGAUUUUUCAAUGUUUUAUCUCGUCCGAGGAGUUUGCGAGUUUCCAAAACGGAAAAACUUUGGAAAAGUUUUCCAUGUUGAUGACGAUAUAAAUGUACGAAGAUUUACUCAAGUGCCAAAGUUUCUCUCAAAGUGUCUUCACCUUGUAAAAUUAAAAGAGAAAAAACAUAGAGUUUUUCACUCGUGCGGGUGACAGAAUGUAUCUGAAAGAAAGAAAAAAGAAAAAGAAAGAUCUUUUCUUUGAUUUCGAUCGAAGUGAUAUUUUUAAUCAUUGCGAGCUGCAGGAAGAAUCCAAAGCUAAACACGUCAGCUAAACAUUCCAGAUCAACAUUUCGCGUACCAAUUAUAAAUCGAGAUGAUAAAUUCAGAGAAUUCUUAUUCAUCAUGCUCACAACGAUGUUACAAAGUGUUGACUCGAUGUAUUGAAUGUAUUUAUGUAUACGAUGUGUCAGUUGUUAUUAAGUGACAGAUUAAAGUAUAUCGAUCGUACGGCGAGAAUUUAAUUUCAUGAAACUUUGAAAUCCUAACAUCAUUAGAAAUACGAGAUUGUUAUCAUUUUAAUCCAAUUUCCGAUCCAAAUGAGAGAAGAUAAGCAUAAGCCUGGCUAAGAGAAGGAAUAGAAUCGAAUCGACGAUUGUUUUUUAUUUGAAAAAUAAUAAAGCUUAUAUAUUUCCGAUCUUUGUGUAAACCUUACGCACGUGCUUCUGAAUUGGAAAGCUCUGCAUUGUUACGUGAUCGUUGUUAGAAGGGAUUGUGCCAAAAUGUACUUUACGCAAGAAAGUAUCAUCGGUUAAUCGAGCCUUGACUGCGUUCCAAGAAAGUCAAAGAACAAUCGGGAGGAGAUAAGUCUCUGCUCAUGUUUCUCGCAAUUAAUGUAUAUCGAUUAUCAAAUUUGUUCUCUCUUCCUUACCUCAAAGUCAAACAAAAAUUUCCACAAGAAAGAUAUAAAAUCGUAUACGCGCAUAUUAAUCUCGCGUGAGAAUCGGUAUCGUUUAAUGAAAAUAUGAUAGAAAGGUAAACGAGCCACCGGAGAAUAUAAUUUACAAAAUAACAUAGAGUAAUUUAUCGUAAUAACUUUUUACUCUAUGAAUAUUAAUGUAUAUUACGUUUAGCGUGAAAAUAUCACGGGAUUAAAGCACUGUAGAUUAAUUAAGCUAAUUAGCACCCGCGCCGUUGCACUUUCAAUGGCAACGAAAUCGUAAUUUACCGUUUGGUGAUAAAGAGAAAGAAGAAGGGGAAAAAAUGACAAUAGUUUCGCAAAGUCGAAUGAACGUAUCUGGCCAUAAAAAAAAAGGUUAAAGGCGAGAACGACCGUAAACAUUUCUUCUUCUUCUUCUUCUCAUUCUUCUUAUUAUUAUUUCUCAUCUUAGCUCGAAAGGUACGACUUAAUGAAUCAUGAAAAUCGUUAUGACUUUAUUUGCGUGCCAAAAGCGUGAAUCAGCCGAUGCGGAUUGCAGUUUCGUUUUUAUAUCCUUCGCAGUACCGAUGGUAUUUCCGAUGGUAUUUCCGAUGGGAAUCGCGACACCCGAGGAAGUUGUAAAUUUUAUAAAAACGCGAGUAAAGCUUGGAUAUUUCCGAUAUUCCCGGCUGAUAAAUAAACAUCGAUCCUCGAAGAAAUAUUUUUAAUGUUCGCUGCGUUUGAACGAGCUCGAACUUGAGAAUCGUUCCAUUAAUUAAUAAGUACUAUAAUUGCGACUCGUAUAAAUGGAGAUAAACGUUAGCGAUACGUAAAUUCACGAAAUUAACGAAAUAUGAUGCGUACGAGAUCGUUAAACCUAACGAAGUGUGGUAAGAAUAUUUUCUGAGCAAAGCAGGAAACGUCGUAUAUGAUGAAUUUGACGAAUUCGAAAGUUGCCAGAUAAUAUUCCAAAUAUCGAAUAAUAAAGAAAAGAACAAAAAGUUGUUUAUCAGAACUCAAGGGGGGUGGGGGGGGGGGGGUAAUAAUAUUUUAAAAUUCGAUAAAGAAAAGAAAAAGAAAAGAAAGAAGCUGGCAAUCGAAGAGAAGCAAAGAAACGAAACGAACGCGUCGCGACGCGACGAAGUUAUUUUGACGCAAAAAUAGUGGGGCAUCGCUCUAUUUCGGUCCGUUGAGCCAGGGCCGAUCAGUCUGCGGCCUGGCUUCCCAACCAGGAGGCCGUGGAUCCGCAUUUUCCAAUCGUCUUUUCCGCGCUACGAAAGAUUCGUCGUAUCUGAAUGAGAUAAGACAAAGAGUAAGAAAAAUCAAAAGUUUGAUAACGAAGAGACGAGAAAACAGGGCGGAUUUAGGGAGAGGGGAAAAAGAAAAAUUAAUCAUUCGGAAGAACCUCGAAGAAGAAUCUUGGUGAUGCAGUAAUACAAAAGGAAAUCAAAAAUAAGUAAAUAAAUAAAAGAAAGACACAAAAGAAUAGAAAGAAGAAAAGGAUAGAGAGAGAGAGAGAGAGAGAGAGAGAGAGA